AUGCGUCGCAUUCCAUCGUCGACCCUCUUUGGGGUCGAUCCAGUUCGCGACAACCUCCACUACUAUGAAACAAGCUGGCUCCUCUCUCCUACCCUCCUCGCCAGCUUGCGCGCCCUAAUUUCGACCUAUAUUUUUGUCUCAAUUUUCUUCAUCUGGGGCUGGGAUGGCACCCAUGGCGACCGCGAUGCUAUCGGCCAGUCCUUUAGCUUCUUCACCUGGUUAACCUACUGGGGAUUGGGCUUCUAUACCCUCUUCGCCGCUAUUCAUACUGCGUUAUACGCUCGUACUGGGCGCUCAGUACUCUUCGACCGCUGGCCACGAACUCUGCGUGCUAUGCAUGGCAUUCUUUACACAACUAUCACUGUUUAUCCGCCACUGGUCACACUGGUCUUUUGGAUCAUCCUCUUCAAGCCGCCAUUCUACAAGGAAACCUUUACGGGCUGGUCGAAUAUUUCCCAGCACGGCCUCAAUUCGCUGUACGCCAUUCUCGAAAUCACCCUCCCGACCACAGCCCCACACCCCUGGAUCUACAUCCCGUUCCUCAUCCUCUUCCUGCUGCUGUAUCUCUGCGUCGCGUAUAUCACCGUUCACACCGAGGGCUUUUACGCGUACAGUUUCCUCGAUAUUCAGGCCAAUGGCUCGCCGCUUGUGACAGGGUAUUGCUUCGGUAUCCUUGCUGCUAUCUUGGUUAUCUUCCUCGUUACGUGGGGGUUGAUCUGGUUGAGAGGAUGGUUAGUUAAGGGGCGGAUUAAGAGAUCGACUCGUGAUCCUCUUUAUGGGCAGGAUCGCUGCCAUGGUCUCGAGGCAGGGGACCAGGUUGGGAAGGUUGAACCGUGCGAGAUGAAGCAUGUGCAGGUUUAG